AUGGUGGUAAACAUGACCAACUUGGAGGGGAAACAGAUUUACAAAGACAAUUGGAAGGAGGUAACCCAGACAGACAUGAAAGCAUACAUGAGCGUUUGGAUUUUGGCUGUGUGCAGAUCCAGAAACGAAUCUACCAGCAAUAUAUGGGAUUCAGAGUCUGGUCGGAAGAAGCAAGAUCACUUGCUGCAAGAGAGGCAGAGGAAGUCCAGGGGGACGACCUGUAGAAAUAAAGAACAAGUGUGUAACGGAGGAGGAAAACAAGAACCCAGACAACUAGACCAGAAACCCGGACAAAGAGAAGAAAUGGCCUCAUCCAGCGAGGAGCCCAACAGCUCCGACAUACAGAUCUUAGCACCACAAAAGAUGCCAACAUGGAAAGAGGUCCUCUUGGGGUGUUUGGAGGAUUUGGGAUCUGACGAUUUUGACAAAUUCAAAUGGUACCUUCGUCAGCAAGGGGUCCUUGAAGGCUUCAAACCAAUCCCUAAGAGUCAACUGGAGAAAGCAAACAGAACAGACACACUGGAUCUGAUGAACAAGAGCUACCACAAAAACACUGUAACAGUGACUAGAAUGAUUUUAGGGAAGAUGAAUCAGAAUGAUCUAGUGGAGCGUUUGUCCCACCUCCCAGAACCUAAAGAGAGUCUUGCUGAGGACGAGCCCAAACUCAAGUCUAAACAGGAGAAAAUGGCAAAGUGUCGACGUAAACUCAAGUCUAACCUGCAGAAGAAGUUCCAGUGUCUGUUUGUGGGGAUCGCUAAAGCAGGAAACCCAACCCUUCUGAAUCAGAUCUACACACCACUCUACAUCACAGAGGGAGGGACUGCAGAGGUCAAUGAUGAACAUGAGAUCAGACAGAUUCAAACAUUAUCCAGGAAACCAGACAGACCAGAAACAACAAUCAGACAAGAAGACUUCUUUAAAGCCUCACCUGGAAGAGACGAACCAAUCAGAACAGUGAUGACAAAGGGAGUGGCUGGCAUUGGGAAAACAGUCUUAACAAAGAAGUUCACUCUGGACUGGGCUGAAGACAAAGCCAACCAGGACAUAGACUUCACAUUUCCAUUCACUUUCAGACAGCUGAAUGUGCUGAAAGACAAAAAGUACAGCUUGGUGGAACUUGUUCAUCACUUCUUUACUGAAACCAAAGAAGCAGGAAUCUGCAGGUUUGAAGAGUUCCAGGUUGUGUUCAUCUUUGACGGUCUGGAUGAGUGUCGACUUCCUCUGGACUUCCACAACAAUGAGAUCCUGACUGAUGUAAUGAAGUCUACCUCAGUGGAUGUGCUGCUGACAAACCUCAUCAGCGGGAAACUGCUUCCCUCUGCUCGCCUCUGGAUAACCACACGACCUGCAGCAGCCAAUCAGAUCCCUCCUUGGUGUGUUGACAUGGUGACAGAGGUCAGAGGGUUCAAUGACCCACAGAAGGAGGAGUACUUCAGGAAGAGAUUCAGAGAUAAGAAGCAGGCCAGCACCAUCAUCUCCCACAUCAAGACAUCCCGAAGCCUCCACAUCAUGUGCCACAUCCCAGUCUUCUGCUGGAUCACUGCUACAGUUCUGCAGUGGACCAUGAAGAGCAGCAAGAUUGGAGAGCUGCCUGACAGCCUAACAGAGAUGUUCCUCCUCUUCGUGGUGCUUAUAUCCAACGUCAAGGACAAGGAUGGAGGAGCUAAAAAAGAUUUACACUGGAAUCCAGAUAGCAGGAAGAUGAUUGAGUCUCUGGGAAAACUGGCUUUUGAGCAGCUGCAGAAAGGCAACCUGAUCUUCUAUGAAUCAGACCUGACAGAGUGUGGCAUCAAUAUCAGAGCAGCCUCAGUGUACUCAGGAGUGUUCACACAGGUCUUUAAAGAGGAGAGAGGGCUAUACCAGGACAAGGUUUUCUGCUUUGCCCACAUGAGUGUUCAGGAGUUUCUGGCUGCUCUUCAUGUCCAUCUGACAUUCAUCAACUCCGGAGUCAAUCUGCUGGCAGUAAAAAAAACAUCCUGGUGGUCUAAAAGAAGAAACGACAAAUCAACACAUUUCUACCAGAGCGCUGUGCAUGAGGCUUUAGAAAGUCCGAAUGGACACCUGGACUUGUUCCUCCGCUUCCUCCUGGGUCUUUCACUCCAGACCAAUCAGACUCUCCUACGAGGCCUGAUGACAGAGACAGGAAGUAGCUCCGAGAACACUCAGGAAACUGUCAAGUACAUCAAGAAGAAGAUCAGUAAGAGUCUGUCUGCAGAGAGAAGCAUCAAUCUGUUCCACUGUCUGAAUGAACUGAAGGACUGUUCUCUAGUGGAGGAGAUCCAACAGUCCCUGAGAUCAGGAAGUCUCUCCACAGUUAAACUGUCUCCUGCUCAGUGGUCAGCUCUGGUCUUCAUCUUACUGUCAUCAGAAAAAGAUCUGGACGUGUUUGACCUGAAGAAAUACUCUGCUUCAGAGAAGGCUCUUCUGAGGCUGCUGCCAGUGGUCAAAGUCUCCAACAAAGCUCUGUUGAGUGACUGUAACCUCUCAGAGAGAAGCUGUGCAGCUCUGUCCUCAGUUCUCAGCUCCCAGUCCUCUAGUCUGAGAGAUCUGGACCUGAGUAACAACAACCUGCAGGAUUCAGGAGUGAAGCAGCUUUCUGCUGGACUGGAGAGUCCACACUGUGGGCUGGAAACUCUUAGCCUGUCAGGAUGUCUGAUCACAGAGGAAGGCUGUGCUUCUCUGGCCUCAGCUCUGAGCUCCAACCCCUCCCAUCUGAGAGAGCUGGACCUGAGCUACAAUCAUCCAGGAGACUCAGGAGAGAAACUGCUGUCUGUUGGACUGGAGGAUCCACACUGGAGACUGGACACUCUCAGCCUGCAGCCUGCUGGAGUCCGAUGGUUGACACCAGGUCUGAGGAAGUAUUCCUGUGAACUCACACUGGAUCCAAACACAGUGAACAAAAACCUCAAACUGUCUGAUAACAACAGGAAGGUGACACAUGUGAAGGGGGAUCAGUCAUAUCCUGAUCAUCCAGACAGAUUUGAUGUCUGUCCUCAGCUGCUGUGUACAGAUGAUCUGACUGAUCGCUGUUACUGGGAGGUUGAGUGGAAAGGAAACGUUGAUGUAUCAGUGAGUUACAGAGGAAUCAGCAGGAAAGGAGGCAGUGAAGACUGCGUGUUUGGGAGGAAUGAUCAGUCCUGGAGUCUGGAGUGCUCUGAUGGUGGUUACUCUGUGUAUCACAAUAACAGUGGAACACCCAUCUCCUCCUCCUCUUCUUCCUCCUUCUCUUCCUCCUCCUCCUCUGUCUCUCACAGAGUAGCAGUGUAUGUGGACUGUCCUGCUGGCACUCUGUCCUUCUACAGAGUCUCUUCUGACACACUGAUCCACCUCCACACCUUCAACACCACAUUCAUUGAACCUCUGUGUGCUGGGUUUAGAGUCCAGUCUGGUUCAGCUUCUCUGUGUCGUCUGAGGAAGGAGAGUUUCCUCCUGACAGAGAAACUUUCUCAUGUUUCGGAUGAAAUGUCGGUGUUUCACGACGAAGUGGAGAUCGAGGACUUUGAGUUUGACGAAGACACGGAGACGUUUUACUUCCCGUGUCCCUGCGGAGACAGGUUCGCCAUCACUAAGGAGGAGCUGGAGAAUGGAGAGGACGUGGCGACGUGUCCGAGCUGCUCGCUCAUCGUUAAAGUCAUCUACGAUCAGGACUUGUUCAUGUCUGGAGAAAUCAUCGAGGCUCCGUCGUCAUCGGAGAACAAACUGGAGCUGGCUCAGAGGAAGCUGGACCAACCUGAACCCAGCUGUGUGUCUAUGAAGAGCAAUCACUCUAAGGAUCAUCCUUUUAACUUUAAAGAUGGACGCCACUGUGAUGAUCACAGGAAACUGAUGAAACUGAGGAAGCUGGACCAACCUGAACCCAGCUGUGUGUCUAUGAAGAGUGAUCAGUCGAAGGAUCAUCCUUUUAACUUCAAAGAUGGACGCCACUGUGAUGAUCACAGAGUGGACCAGGAGAGCUCAGAGGUUCCCACUGGUCAGUCUGCCCAGCAGCAUCAAACACACCUGGACUCCAUAUUUAUGCUGCUGGAGGAGAACAUCGUCACUUUUGUGAAGAACGAGCUGAAGAAGAUGCAGAAGCUUCUGAGUCCAGAUUACCCAAAAUGCUUAGAGAGUCAGAGUGAGGAUGAGGAGGUGUUGGACGGUGAGGAGGAAGAGCAGAGGAGGAAGAGCAGAGAGGCAUUUCUGAAGAUCACACUGCACUUCCUGAGGAGAAUUAAGCAGGAGGAGCUGGCUGACUGUCUGCUGAGCAAAACCAUUCCAGUUGGACGUAAAUUCAAGAAUAAUCUGCAGAAGAAGUUUGAGUGUGUAUUUAAUGGGAUCGCUAAAGCAGGAAACCCAACCCUUCUGAAUGAGAUCUACACGCCGCUCUACAUCACAGAGGGAGGGACUGCAGAGGUCAAUGAUGAACAUGAGGUCAGACAGAUUGAAACAGCAACCAGGAAACCAGACAGACCAGAAACAACAAUCAGACAUGAAGACAUCUUUAAAGCCUCACCUGGAAGAGAUGAACCAGUCAGAACAGUGAUGACAAAGGGAGUGGCUGGCAUUGGGAAAACAGUCUUAACACAGAAGUUCACUCUGGACUGGGCUGAAGACAAAGCCAACCAGGACAUAGACUUCACAUUUCCAUUCACUUUCAGAGAGCUGAAUGUGGUGAAAGAGAAAAAGUACAGCUUGGUGGAACUUGUUCAUCACUUCUUUACUGAAACCAAAGAAGCAGGAAUCUGCAGGUUUGAAGAGUUCCAGGUUGUGUUCAUCUUUGACGGUCUGGAUGAGUGUCGACUUCCUCUGGACUUCCACAACACUGAGAUCCUGACUGAUGUUACAGAGUCCACCUCAGUGGAUGUGCUGCUGACAAACCUCAUCAGGGGGAAACUGCUUCCCUCUGCUCGCCUCUGGAUAACCACACGACCUGCAGCAGCCAAUCAGAUCCCUCCUGAGUGUGUCAGCAUGGUGACAGAGGUCAGAGGGUUCACUGACCCACAGAAGAAGAAGUACUUCAAGAAGAGUUUCAAAGAUAAGCAGCAGGCCAGAAACAUCAUCUCCCACAUCAAGACAUCACGAAGCCUCCACAUCAUGUGCCACAUCCCAGUCUUCUGCUGGAUCACUGCUACAGUUCUGGAGAAUGUGUUGAAAAGCAGAGAGGGAGGAGAGCUGCCCAAGACCCUGACUGAGAUGUACAUCCACUUCCUGGUGGUUCAGGCUAAACUGAAGAACUUCAAGUAUGAUGGAGGAGCUGAGACAGAUCCACACUGGAGUCCAGAGAACAGGAAGAUGAUUGAGUCUCUGGGAAAACUGGCUUUUGAGCAGCUGCAGAAAGGCAACCUGAUCUUCUAUGAAUCAGACCUGACAGAGUGUGGCAUCGAUAUCAGAGCAGCCUCAGUGUGCUCAGGAGUGUUCACACAGGUCUUUAAAGAGGAGAGAGGGCUGUACCAGGACAAGGUGUUCUGCUUCGUCCAUCUGAGUGUUCAGGAGUUUCUGGCUGCUCUUCAUGUCCAUCUGACAUUCAUCAAGUCUGGAGUCAAUCUGCUGGAAGAAGAACAAACAACAUCCCAGAAGUCUGAAACUAAACAAGAAUCUGCAGAGACGCAUCUCUACCAGAGUGCCGUGGACGAGGCCUUGAAGAGUCCAAAUGGACACCUGGACUUGUUCCUCCGCUUCCUCCUGGGUCUUUCACUGCAGACCAAUCAGACUCUCCUACGAGGUCUGAUGACACAGACAGGAAGUAGCUCACAGACCAAUCAGGAAACAGUCGAGUACAUCAAGAAGAAGAUCAAUGAGAAUGUGUCUGCAGAGAGAAGCAUCAAUCUGUUCCACUGUCUGAAUGAACUGAAUGAUCGUUCUCUAGUGGAGGAGAUCCAACAGUCCCUGAGAUCAGGAAGUCUCUCCACAGAUAAACUAUCUCCUGCUCAGUGGUCAGCUCUGGUCUUCAUCUUACUGUCAUCAGAAAAAGAUCUGGAUGUGUUUGACCUGAAGAAAUACUCUGCUUCAGAGAAGGCUCUUCUGAAGCUGCUGCCAGUGAUCAAAGCCUCCAACAAAGCUCUACUGAGUGGCUGUGACCUCUCAGAGAGAAGCUGUGCAGCUCUGUCCUCAGUUCUCAGCUCCCAGUCCUCUAGUCUGAGAGAUCUGGACCUGAGUAACAACAACCUGCAGGAUUCAGGAGUGAAGCAGCUUUAUGAUGGACUGGAGAGUCCACACUGUACACUGGAAACGCUCAGACUGAGUGGCUGUGACCUCUCAGAGAGAAGCUGUGCAGCUCUGUCCUCAGUUCUCAGCUCCCAGUCCUCUAGUCUGAGAGAUCUGGACCUGAGUAACAACAACCUGCAGGAUUCAGGGGUGAAGCAGCUGUUUGCUGGACUGGAGAGUCCACACUGUACACUGGAAACGCUCAGCCUGUCAGGAUGUCUGCUCACAGAGGAAGGCUGUGCUUCUCUGGCCUCAGCUCUGCGGGACAACCCCUCCCAUCUGAGAGAGCUGGACCUGAGCUACAAUCAUCCAGGAGACUCAGGAGAGAGGAUCCUGUCUGCUGGACUGAAGGAUCCACACUGGAGACUGGACACUCUCAGCCUGCAGCCUGCUGGAGUCCGAUGGUUGACACCAGGUCUGAGGAAGUAUGCCUGUGAACUCACACUGGAUCCAAACACAGUUAACAAAAAACUCAAACUGUCUGACAACAACAGGAAGAUGACAUAUGUGAAGGAGGAUCAGUCAUAUCCUGAUCAUCCAGACAGAUUUGAUGACUGGCCUCAGCUGCUGUGUAUAAAUGUUCUGACUGGUCGCUGUUACUGGGAGGUCGAGUGGGAAGGAAAGGUUGAUAUAUCAGUGAGUUACAGAGGAAUCAACAGGAAAGGAGACAGUUAUGACUGCAGGUUUGGAAGGAAUGAUCAGUCCUGGAGUCUGGAGUGCUCUGAUGAUGGUUACUGUGCCUGGCAUGAUAAUGGAGGAACAGUCAUCUCCUCCUCCUCCUCCGUCUCUAACAGAGUAGGAGUGUAUGUGGACUGUCCUGCUGGCACUCUGUCCUUCUACAGAGUCUCCUCUGACACACUGAUCCACCUCCACACCUUCAACACCACAUUCACUGGACCUCUGUGUGCUGGGUUUGGGUUCUGGUCUAGUUGGUCUGGUUCAGUGUCUCUGUGUGGUUUGUAGGAAGGAGAGUCUCCUCCUGUCAGAGAAAGGUUCUCAUGUUAUUUAGUACCAACCUGAUCUCUCACUGGUUGUAAAUAGAGUUUGUAAAGCCAACAUGGUUUCCACAUGACUGACAGUUAAGGGCCGUCCACACUGAGAACGAUAACGUCCUGUAAACAGCGAUGUCCAGUAUGCACUGUGCACUCCAGCUGUGUCUGCAGCUAAUUUUUAA